UAUUAAAAUAAAUAAAUAAUACUAAAUAUAGGCUACUAAACUAGCAUGUACUAUAGCUGAAGUUAUAUAGUAUAUUUAAUAUAUUUUUAUUUUCUUACAAGAAAUUUGUGGAAUAUCUCAAAGCAAGAAUGAAUAAACACACAUAAGAGGUAACAUUAAUUUUUAUAAUAUCUUUGGACGUAAAACAAAUUAAAGUUUCAUUAAAUUCUUUAAAAAAAGAAGAAAGAGACGAAUUAGUCAUUCAUACACUUUAAAGUGAAAUGUCUUCAACGCUUUUUGCGCAAUAUUUCUAGCGUAGGUUUUGUGAAUGUUUAAAGCACGAUUUAAAUUUCACGCGCGCAAAGCUCAAACAUCAUCGCUUCCAUGGCAACAAGAAAACACUCGCAUGUUUCACUGAGACUGAAGAAGCGACGAAAACUUCAAUGCCUCCGAAAAAGAAGGGAAAGAAUGGCGAUGAUAAAUCAAAACAAAAGGAAAACAUGGCGUCUGAGAAGAAAAAACCUGGAGAAUUAACAGAAGGUGACAAAAGGUUUUAUCAAGCUCAAAUACGAGACUUGGAAGAGCGACUGGGAAGAUACCAGCUUAAAUGUGACAAACUGGAGCUUCAAGAAAAGGACUUGUGCUUUAAGAUCGAUAAUUCGGAGAAAGAGAAGAAAGACAUCGUUCUCUAUCUCCAACACACACUGCGUAAAAAAGAGGAUGAAGUCGAUGAUCUGGCAGAGGCGUUGUCGAAACAUCAGCAGGUCCAAGAAACUGAACGCAACUCAUUUGAGCUUCAGCUGAACCGGCUUAGACUUGAACUUCAGGAAAAUAAGGACAAGUUCACAUUGGAGAACAUGGCCCUUGCUAGUAAACUGGCGUCUUUGGAAGAAUUUUCUGCACAGAAGGAGAAGCUCAUGGCUGAACGCAAGGCUUUGGAAGAGCAACUUCAAAAGCAAAAAGAGGAACACCAGGAAGAAAUUUAUCGUCUGGAGAAACAAGCUGUGCUAGAUAAGGACAGGGUAAAGCAAGAAAUGAAACAACGUUUAGAUGAAGAAAAAGAAAAACUCCAGCGGGAUGCGUAUCAGAAGAUGCCGGAGACAAUGAUGAGAGCCAUGGAGGAGAAUCGGUUUCUGGCAGCUCGUCUCAAACAACUCAAACACCAGAAUGAAGAACUGUUGAAUGAAAAUGAUGCUGUGAAAGCCAAAGGAAAGCAACUUAAAAUAGAAAACAAAACCUCGGAAUCUCUUCUGCAUGAGAUAACUGUGAAGAAUGUCAAAAAUCAAAAGGUGAUCCAGCAGCUGACAGAAAAGUGCAAGCAAAUGCAAACCGAACUGGAAAAAUACGUCAAACUUCAAAUGAAGCACCAAAAGCUUCUGGAAAAUCAUUCGACGGUAUGCACAGAGCUUGAUGUUCUCAGACAGAAUCAAGCAGCAGUUACAGAGAUGCUUCAACAAACGAAAGCUGAAGUGGAGAGCCAAAGAAAAGAUCUUGAGGAGGAGAGAAGACUUGGAGGACAGCUGAAGACGGUUCUUCGGGAAGCAGCCAUAGCUUUAAAAGAGGCCCUGAGGGAGGUCCCUGAAAAGGACGACUCUGAGGUUUCGGCUAUUGUCAGACGUCAUCAGAUGAUGCAGAGUCUCCUGGCUGUGCUGGAAACGGCUGUAGCUGUUGGGGAAGGUCCAGCUCUUGUUGAAUUCAUUCCAGCGAUGGGAUCUACAAAAUCACCAAACGUUGAAAGAUCGAGUGAACUUCUUAGGCAGAAAUCCACCAAUCGCCUUUCUCACUACAAACCUGGAGAUCUGGGGUUGGUCCCUCGCAAAACACAAGCCACCUCAUCUAAGAUGGGACAUAAUAAAUAAGGAUGAAUGAGUGAGCCCUUUGCAGAGUUUGUCGACAUAUCUUGCCACAAGAUGGCAGCAUUAUAUUAUACAUCAUCACAAAAUUGCUCAAAGAUGGUCACCAAGCUACCAGUUCCUAUUUAAGGUCCUAAUAUGUACCAUUUAGGUUCAGGUAUGUACACAUUUGGUACCAGCAUGUACCUCUGAGGUACUAAUAUGAAGUCUUUAGAUGCAAAUGUGUACUUUUUGAAAGGGACAGUUAGCAUUUGGCAAGUGGACAAUUUUUCCGACCGUGUAAAUUGUUAUUAAAAUUCAAGCAAUCAAAUAUUUCAUGGCAGAAUAGAAGACAUGCAGAAAAAGCAUUUGUCAUAAUGUUUUUUUCAGAUAUUUGACCAAAUUGCUUUAAUAGGUUUUUAUUUGCGAUGUGUAGUUAUAUUUUUAUGCAGUUUAGUUUUAGUCAAGUCAUUUUUGGCCAAAACUAAUGCUCUCAGCUGAAAAGUUUGCCACAGUAUCUGCACUUUCAUUUAUCUUAAUUUCCAGUCUAUUCAAACAUUUAGUAGAAAUUACUGCAUUGGCUGAGAAGCAUAAAAGUGCCAUUAUUUGUGAUACGGACCCUGUUGAUUUUUUUUCAAUAGUAAAUUGCAUUCCAAGUUGUGGAACAAAAUCUCUUUAGCCUAAUGUUAAAGUUUGGAGAUAUGCAGUGUGAAUUUAUUCAUACUAAAAUUGUCCAGUUUUGGUCCACAGGGUGUUUUAUUUUCGUUAAUUCAAUCAGAUUAGUUAUUCUGAACAAAGGUUAAUAUGCAUGAUUUAAAUUCAUUGUGAUCUAAGAUGUAGCAUCUUUACUUUCACUGCAUUCCCUCCAAAUCCAAUUUUUCGAGUAAAUUAAGGUCUUACAUGACUAAAAAGUUAAGAAAGAAAUUAUUCUUUUGGGGAACCAGCAAUGAGUGUACUAUACGAGUGUACUAUACUUAUACUAAUGUAGAUAAACACAAUGAAAUUGUGUGAUGACGGGUUAGAGGACAUCUUACCAAGUAAUCCGUCAACACCGUACUUAAAGGGAUAGUUCACCCAAAAAUUAAAGGCGGGGUGCAUGAUUUUUUGAAAAACACUUUGGAAAAGGGAGUAGGGCAGAGUACCAAAACACACUUGUAGCCAAUCAGCAGUAAUGGGCGUGUCUACUAACCGACAUCUUUGCAUGGGUAUGUGUGGGGCGGGUCGAUCAAAAGAAGGUUCAGGUUCUAUUGGGGUAGGGGCGUGUUUGUUUAGGUGAUUUCAAAUGUCAACAUUGGCUUUCAGAGUUCGUGCAAAUCAACUUUAAGAUUGAAAAAUCAAAAUUAUGAUUUAAAGUCUGUCUCAAAAAUGUAUUUUUUUUCACCCACCA